AUGACUACUACAGGCACACCAGACCCUAAGUUUGAGGCUGUGUUGGAGCUAAAGAACUUGAGUUUAGAGACUGUGUUGGCGCUAAAGAACCUGAGUUUAGAGGCUGUGUUGGCGCUAAAGAACCUGAGUUUAGAGGUUGUGUUGGAGCUUAAGAACCUAAGUUUAGAGGCUGUGUUUGAGUUAAAGAACCUGAGUUUAAGAGCUGUGUUUGACCUAAAGAACCUGAGUUUAGAGGCUAACCUGAGUUUAGAGGCUGUGUUGGAGCUAAAGAACCUCAGUUUAGAGGCUGUGUUGGAGUUAAAGAACCUGAGUUUAAGAGCUGUGUUUGACCUAAAGAACCUGAGUUUAGAGGCUAACCUGAGUUUAGAGGCUGUGUUUGACCUAAAGAGCCUGAGUUUAGAGGCUGUGUUGGAGCUAAAGAGCCUGAGUUUAGAGGCUGUGUUGGAGCUAAAGAACCUGAGUUUAGAGGCUGUGUUGGAGUUAAAGAACCUGAGUUUAAGAGCUGUGUUUGACCUAAAGAACCUGAGUUUAGAGGCUAACCUGAGUUUAGAGGCUGUGUUGGAGUUAAAGAACCUGAGUUUAGAGGCUGUGUUGAAGUUAAAGAACCUGAGUUUAGAGGCUGUGUUGGAGCUAAAGAACCUGAGUUUAGAGGCUGUGUUUGACUUAAAGAACCUGAGUUUAGAGACUGUGUUUGGAGUUAAAGAACCUGAGUUUAGAGGCUGUGUUGGAGCUAAAGAACCUGAGUUUAGAGGCUGUGUUGGAGCUAAAGAACCUGAGUUUAGAGGCUGUGUUGGAGCUAAAGAACCUGAGUUUAGAGGCUGUGUUGGAGCUAAAGAACCUGAGUUUAGAGGCUGUGUUGGAGUUAAAGAACCUGAGUUUAGAGGCUGUGUUGGAGCUAAAGAACCUGAGUUUAGAGGCUGUGUUGGAGCUAAAGAACCUGAGUUUAGAGGCUGUGUUGGAGCUAAAGAACCUGAGUUUAGAGACUGUGUUGGAGCUAAAGAACCUGAGUUUAGAGGCUGUGUUGGAGUUAAGAACCUGAGAUUUAGAGGCUGUGUUGGAGCUAAAGAACCUGAGUUUAGAGACUGUAACCUGAGUUUAGAGGCUGUGUUGGAGCUAAAGAACCUGAGUUUAGAGGCUGUGUUGGAGCUAAAGAACCUGAGUUUAGAGGCUGUGUUGGAGCUAAAGAACCUGAGUUUAGAGGCUGUGUUGGAGCUAAAGAACCUGAGUUUAGAGGCUGUGUUGGAGCUAAAGAACCUGAGUUUAGAGGCUGUGUUUGACUUAAAGAACCUGAGUUUAGAGGCUGUGUUGGAGCUGAAGAACCUGAGUUUAGAGGCUCUAAAGAACCUGAGUUUAGAGGCUGUGUUGGAGCUAAAGAACCUGAGUUUAGAGGCUGUGUUGGAGCUAAAGAACCUGAGUUUAGAGGCUGUGUUUGAGUUUAAGAACCUGAGUUUAGAGGCUGUGUUGGAGUUAAAGAACCUGAGUUUAGAGGCUGUGUUGGAGUUAAAGAACCUGAGUUUAGAGGCUGUGUUGGAGUUAAAGAACCUGAGUUUAGAGGCUGUGUUGGAGUUAAAGAACCUGAGUUUAGAGGCUGUGUUGGAGUUAAAGAACCUGAGUUUAGAGGCUGUGUUGGAGCUGAAGAACCUGAGUUUAGAGACUAACCUGAGUUUAGAGGCUGUGUUGGAGUUAAAGAACCUGAGUUUAGAGGCUGUGUUGCAGUUAAAGAACCUGAGUUUAGAGGCUGUGUUGGAGCUGAAGAACCUGAGUUUAGAGACUGUAUUGGAGCUAAAGAACCUGAGUUUAGAGGCUGUGUUUGAGUUUAAGAACCUGAGAUUUAGAGACUGUGUUUGA